AUGGCAGUGGAGGUGGUUGAGGAUACUGAUGUCAUUUGGGCUAUAGACAGGGUGAUAGUCACACACUCCAGAACUGAAUUUGAGGGUGCAAAGCUUGGGGAAGAAGAUACAAGCGAGGAUCUCAGGUAUUUGGGUAGGGAGAUCGAGAUAGCAGAGGUUGCUGGAGUUAUGCUCAUAUUGGGUAGCUUAUCGCUAAUGAAACCCUGUCGACAGCAGGAUCGAAGAGAGCGAUGGUGCAUUCUAGUUGGCAGAGGGAAGAAAAGGGAUUUCGUAGAAUGUGCCAAUAUGAAGAGGCAAGGCAGCUUCGCUGGGAUAAACCUGCUAUCAUCAGUGUUAAGAGAGCACCAUCUUGAGGAAUGCUGCUUCAGUAGAUUGGUUAGGCAUUUGACAUGGGAGCUCUCUCCGCUAGAGUGCAGAGAGAUAUCCAAGGGUGCAAUCUUUGAAUACUUGAGCGAUAAAACAUUCAUGAGAAACAGCGGUAUCCUGUUUUUGAAUGACAAGUCAUCUAAUUCUGAUUCACGGAAUAUUAACAGGGGUAGUGCUGGUGGGAGCCGGCAGAUCGGCACAUGCAAAGAGUGGUAUUUCUCAAAUAGGAUGUCGACUUCUGUGUGGAGAUGGGUGAUUUCUGAUUUGAGUUGGUGA